AUGUUUCACGAUUGGCUUGCUGUUGUGUGUAAGGAGGAGAAAAAAACAGAGGCAGCAGCAUCAUUUGAAAUGGCAGAGCCAUAUCAUCCAAUGGUUUCUUAUCAUGAGCUUCAUAAAGCCACCGGGGACUUCAGCCAAGAAAUUUACUUGGAACUGGAAGCUUUGGUCGGGUGUGUAAAGGCUAUCUUGGGAAAGAUAAAGCAUGCACAUGGGAAUGGGUUGAAUCUUUUGGAGAGACUGAACAUUGCCAUUGAUGUUGCUUGCGCAUUGGUUUAUCUGCACAAUGACACUGAAACUGCUAUUGUGCAUUGUGAUUUGAAGCCAAGCAAUAUUCUUCAGUGUGAAGAUAUGACUGCAAAGGUGGGUGAUUUUCGAUUGGCUAGACUGUUGAUUGGAAGACCAACUAAUCAAGUCUCAAUAAGCUCCACUCAUGUCCUCAAAGGUUCAAUCGGCUACAUACCUCGAGAGUAUGGAUGGGGAGAAAGGACAUCAGUAGCAGGAGAUACAUACAGUUUUGGGAUUGUAUUGCUAGAGCUCUUUUCUGGGAGGAACCCAACAGAUGAUGGCUUCACAGGUGGCCUGAGCUUAACAACAUGGGUUCAAUCAGCAAUCCCAGACAAGAUUGUGCGAGUCAUAGACCCUCAGCUUCUAUCACACACUUUUGACAAUGACCUUGCUCAUAAAGGUCCAAAGCUGCAACUGAUUGAUUGUGUGACUACAAUUCUGAGAGUUGGUUUAUCCUGCACUGCAGAUUAUCCAGAUGGACGCCUUAACGUGAAGGAUGUUGUUGCAAAAUUGAAAAAUGUCAGAGACAUUCUUUCGAAACUCAACGAGAACAUUUGCUCCAAGCAUUAG